AUGGGGAAGUGGAGUGCUAUUCUUGUGUUUGUUGUGCUUGUUGUUGUGCAUGCAAGUGGAGCUCGUACGGUUCCAAAAGGUGGUGAUGAUGAAAAAAUGGGUGUGGUGCAUGCAAAUGUUGUGCCACAUGCAGAGAGUUCAAAUGGUAAGGGUGUUGAUGAAAAGAAGAACUUUUUGGGUGGUGGGGUUGGUGGAUUUGUUGGUGGGGUUGCUGGGAUUGGUGGGUUUGUUGGUGGGAUUGGGAAGGCAGGUGGAAUAGGUGGUGGAAUUGGAGGCGGAAUUGGAAAAGUUGGUGCUAUUGGUGGUGGGAUUGGAGGCGGAAUUGGAAAAGGUGGUGCAAUUGGUGGUGGGAUAGGUGGAGUAGCUGGUGGGAUAGGUGGGAUAGGUGGAAUAGGUGGUGGAAUAGGGAAGGUUGGUGGGAUUGGUGGUGGAGUUGGAGGUGGGAUCGGAAAGGGUGGUGCGAUUGGCAAAGGGAUAGGAGGUGGAAUAGGAAAAGUUGGUGGAAUUGGUGGUGGAGCUGGAAUUGGUGGUUUCCAUGGGAUUGGUGGUGGCAUUGGGAAAGUUGGCGGGAUUGGCGGUGGUGGUGGUGGUGGUGUUGGUGGUGGUGUUGGAGGUUUGGGUGGGACUGGAGGAGCGGGAGGCUUAGGUGGCGGUCCUGGAGGCUUAAGUGGUGGUAGUGGUAUCGGAAGUUUGGGCGGGCCCGGAGGAAUUGGAAGUUUGGGUGAGCCUGGAGGAGCUGGAGGCCAAGAUGGAACCGGCGGCCCCGGAGGGUUAGGUGGUGGAAGUGGUGGCUUGGGUGGUGGUUCUAGUAGUAUGGGUUUGGGUGGUGCGCCUGAAGGAGCUGGGGGCCUAGGUGGUGGUAGUGGUGGUUUGGGCGGUGGUGCAAGUCCUUAA